CGCGUUCGUGAUCGGCACUCCAAGCAGUGAAGUACGAGAAAGAGGAAGUCCGUAGGGUGGAAAAGCGAGUGGAAAUUUCCCCCCCAGAAAAAUCUGCUGCGUAAGCAACGCACGACCACGGGUGUGUUGCCACGAUCCGGGCACGAUGAAGUGCAUCAGCAGGAUCAGCGUCUUCCUGUUGCUGCUCCUGGCGGGCGUAACCAAACCGAAUCAAGCAUGCAAACUCUACUCAAAGAGCAACCUGCGCACCAAAUCCGAUGGCGUUCAGUUUUUGCGGCUGAAGGAGGACUUUCCGGUCGGUGGCGAAAUCGUCUCGCUGUACGCGUACCCCCGCAACUCGAUCCUAAUACCACGCACGGAAAACUCGAGCGAUUACGAGUAUUUUCGGCUGAAGGAAAUCAACAGUACGGUGGUGAGCGUGAUUCUGAACCGCAGCCUGGACCAGCUCGUCGAUUCGGAUGAUCCGCAGAGCAUCCUGAAGUUCAGCGUGUUCUGUAGUGGCACCAGCGGCACCGGCAGUACGAUGAAGCAGGACAACCAGUCAUCAUUUUUUACAAUUACUGUUUACAUUGAAGAUAUUAACGAUAAUGAUCCCGAAUUUAUCAAUCUACCGUACGUGGUAACGCUGGACGAAUCAACGCCAAUUGAGACGGUGGUGUUUAAUAGAAUUAAGGCAAUUGAUCGUGAUAAGCCGAACACGCCGAACUCCGAUCUCGAGUACGCGCUGGCGGCGAAGCAUAUGAAGAGCGGCGACUUCCCGUUCCGGCUCGAGGGUUCCCAGCAACCGACGCUCAUCCUCCAGCGUCCACUCGAUUACGAUGCCGGCUGGCGCUCGAUGAGCGUCCAGAUCGUGGCCAGCGAUCGGGGCAAUCCACCGCGAACCGCCAACACCACCAUCCGGGUGAACCUGCGCGAUGUGGACGAUCUGCCGCCGGUCUUUACCCGAUCGGGCUACCGGACACGCAUCAAGGAAACGUUCCCGCUAACGGGCAAACCGAUCCACGUACCGCUGUACAUCGAACCACCGAUCAUGGCGUUCGAUCAGGAUUCGCUCAACGAGACGCUAGUGUACGGCAUUGUGGCCGGUAACGAGCGGCAGCUGUUCUGGAUCGCACCCGAAACCGGUGUCCUCUUUCUGCAGAAGGAGAUCGACCUCGAGAGCGAAAGUUUGCCGGAUAACACCUUCACGCUGCAGAUCGAGGCGCGCCAGAUAAGCGACCCGAUGAAGAGUGCUUUCGCCCGUGUGGAGGUCGAGGUGAUAGACCUGAACGAUAAUGUGCCCGAGUUCGAGGUCGAUCUUUACAACAUUUCCAUCAUCGAGAACCUGCCCAAGGGUUUCAGCAUCCUGCAGGUGAACGCCAUCGAUCGCGAUCAGGGUGAAAAUGCCGAGUUCUACUACUACCUCGUCGAUGAGGAUCCAUCCGGUGCGUUCAUGAUUGAUCACGGUUCGGGCUGGAUCGUAGUACGGGAUGAAACCUUUCUCGAUAAGGAGCAGCGCAAUUCGCUCAAGAUGAACGUACAUGCGGUCGAGCGUGUGGAGCAGUACGAUCGUAGCCGCAACUACGGCAAGGUACAGGUCGAGAUCACGCUCCUGGACACCAACGACAACACGCCCGAGUUCGAACAGGGUACACUAUACGAGUUCAAGACGCACUGUAACGCUACGAUCGGCACGAAGGUUGGCCAACUGCGAGCCCUCGAUCCGGACGAUCUGGGCAAUGGGAAGGUGCGGUACAGUAUCAAGAAUGUGCGUGCGAAUCUCGCUAUCCCGUUCCAGCUGGAUGAGAACACGGGUGAGAUAAGGGUGUCGGAGCAGUUGACCUAUGGUAAGAUCGCGUUCUUCGUGGAAGCCCGUGAUCAACCGCAGAACCCAUCCGAGUCGCGCUUCAACGUGGCGCUCGUGACGAUCGACAUCGUCUGUCAGUCGAUCGAGGAUAUCGAGUUUAUCGGGGCACCGUACGAGUUCUGGGUCGGGGCGGAUGCUGCCCUCGGUUCGUCCGUCGGUCAAAUUCGGACCACCUUCGAUAUGGUGUCGGAUGAGGAGAUCUUUUUCGAUCUGCUACACUCGUACCCGGAGGGUGUACCGUUUGCGAUCGAGGAACGAUCGGGUAUCGUGACGGUGAUCGAAUCGAUGGAGCGCUUCAAUCGGCGGUGCUACGAAUUCGAGACGGUCGUUUCGUAUCUGCCCGAAUCGGCAGGGAAGAUGGGUGUGGAGCAGUUGACGCCCGAGGCGUACAACAGUCUCGAGAAGAUUAUCGUCACCAACGUUACGAUCCACGUGAUCAAGAACAAUUUUAUGCUGCUGCGCGGUACCAACUCGACACCGAUCGAGUUUCGGGUGAAGGAAAACAAACCGAACACACUGAUCGGUCAGCUCAAGUUCCAGGACUUCCAGGAGCAGUGCGACGUGGAUGAGAAAGGUCUACCACCGUUGAUUUCGGUGCGCGGCGAUAAGAACCGUGGCGAUCGACAGGUGUUUCAGUUGAAUGGCGGUAAGAAUAGGACGCGCUAUGCCCGACGGUUUACGCGCGAUGUCGCAGCUACGUCCAGCGGUGGUGGUGGCACCGGAAGCUUCAUCCGCUUGUAUCCCCUCGUGACGUUCGAUGCGAUCGCAACAACGGCGAGUGGUAAUGGGAGCGCCCGGAGGGCACGCAACUCACGCAAUCCUACCAGCGGCGUUCAGUACUCGCUGGUGAACAGCUACGAUGUGGCCGAUACGAUCCGGUUGACGAACGAUGGAAAGCUGAUGACGAUCAAGGGUCUCGAUCGGGAGCGGCAGGAUGUGAUCCGGGUAACGAUCAUCGCCGAGUAUUUCUACAAGCAGCGUACCUUCGCCGGCAUCUACCAGGUGCUGAUCGUGGUGGACGACGAGAACGAUAAUCCGCCGACGUUUAAUCAACCGUUCUAUCUGGGUGUGAUUGCCGAAAACUCACCGAUCGGUACCGAGAUCGUGCUGAACAAUCCGAUCAUCAUCUCGGAUCAGGAUGUUGGAUUGAACGGAGACUACGAGUUGAUACUGUCGGGCGAGUCGAACUCUUUCGUCGCUCAGUUCUCCAACUCGACGCUCUCGAACUACAACAAAACGGUGGCGCACAUCUUCCGUAAUCUGCAGAUCGCCAAUGUGCAGGAUCACAUGAGCGGCGAACAACAAGGUGGUCUGCGGCUGCGCUCGGACUAUCAGCAACGACCAAACAUGGGCGGGAAGCAGGGUAGACCGAUCGAGGAAGGUAAUGGAGCGACACCCCACUAUAACAUACUGUUCAUGGGUCCGAACAAACUGGACCGGGAAGAGAUCGAAAGUCUGACGCUCAAGAUGGUCGCAAGCGAUCGGGAUAAUCUGAUGUCGGAGGUCGAGCUGAAGAUACUGAUACUGGAUGUUAACGAUUGUCCGCCGGUGUUCGAGCGGAUCGCCAUCUUUCGCAAGAGCCGGUGCGAGAUGAUUGAGAACACGAGCGAUCUGGAGUUGAUGUACUUGGACGAGAUCGAAGGAUCGGACGUUGGUGGUGGUGGUCGGUUACCAGACUAUCUCCAGGAUGUGAUGUCCGGAGGAAACACGGACAUGGACAGUCGAGUAGCGUACGGAGUGGAGAGUCUGUUCGAGAUGGUCCAAUCGGCACCGUACGUCGGAAUGCCACGGUUGUACGAUAGCGAGUCGGUCAUGAUGUCGGCCAUGGUGAACCACAGUGCCGAUCGGUACGCUGGGAUGCGCCGGAAGUUGUACAAACCGACCAAGGUUCGGCUGCCCUCUACGCGUCCAACGGCGCUAUCCGGCGGUGGCCGUAAUGCCCGGGCGAUCACCAAAAAGUCGCAGCUAAAGUUCUCUCUGCCCGAGAACGUCGAGGUGGGCAAGGUGAUCUUCAAACUGACGGCCAACGAUGAUGACUUUGAGAAGAAUUCACGCGUUUUCUACGACAUCACCGCACAGACCGAUCUGGGGACGGGUGAGCGUGUCGGGUACUUCAAGAUCGAUCGCAACAAUGGUGAGCUGAAGGUGACGAAACGAUUGCCACCCGAGUCGGAUAUACGGUUGAACGUGACGGCGAAGGAUGUCGGUGGAUUGUCCGAUGCGCUGCAGAUCCAGUUCAAGGUGUAUGAUGUGAACGAUCAUGCGCCGAUGUUCGAGAAGCAGUGGUACACGUUCAACGUCGACGAGGGAUCGUAUCCGAUCACGGGUAAGAAGAUUGGCCAGGUGCGGGCGAACGAUGAAGAUACGGGUAUGAACGGGAAUGUGACGUACAUGUUGGUGCUCGCAGAGAGUGAUCAGCACCAGCAGCAACAGCAGCAACAGAAGAUUCCCUUCUCCAUCUCCCCGUACGAUGGUACGGUACGGGUUAGUGGUGAGAUCGACCGGGAGCUGGUCAGCUCGUACCGGUUCCGGGUGCUCGCCUCCGAUAACAACUUUGACCACAAGCUGACAGCCACCGUGGACGUGGAGGUGAUCGUAAUGGAUCGCAACGAUAAUAGCCCGGAGUUUACGGCGUACGAUGAGCUGCGUAGCGAUCGGAGUGCGAUCAAGCGAGUGCCGGUUUACGUGGCGUAUCUGGAUGUCAAUGCAAAGGUUGGCACCUUCGUGAAGCAGGUCCUAGCGCGUGAUGCAGACUUCCGUGAGAAUGGGAAUGGGCUCGUGAUCUACUCACUUACCGGACAGACCGGCGAUCAUCGGUUACAGUUCGCUAUCGAUCCAAAGGAUGGUAGCGUAACGACGGCUUCGAAGUAUGUCGACCUGGAGGGUGAUAGUGAUGGCGGUGGUGGUGAGGUCAAGGCAAGACCAUCGCACCUCAACGUAACGAUCGUGGCGUCUGACUUUGGGACACCACCACGAUCCAGUAUGGCUCUGCUGAUCGUGCAUUUGCAGGGUGAUCCAUUGCAGAGGCGUGUAGCAGAGGAACCACCACCACUGUUUCCCUAUCGGUAUUACGAGAUCGAGCUUCGUGAAAAUGAUCCAGCACCACGGAUCAUCCUCAAUGUGACACUUUCGAAGCGCUACACCUCGGAACCGU